AUGCCUCCUCCUGUGCAAUCCGCCUACAAACGCAUCCAGCAGCCCCGAGAAGGGGAGAAUGGCUACAUCAGCCCGCAACCCGGCAAGACAGAGAUCCUCCCUACAGGAUGGAACGGAUUCAACGCAAAGCCUUUGAAAAGCCCGAUCCGGAUUGACCAUGAUGUCGAAAUCGUGGUGCGCGAUGGUUGUCGAUUGUACGCGGACAUUUACCGUCCAGCCGACACCACGGAGCCAGUCCCAGCCAUCUUGAGCUGGUCGUUCUACGGCAAGAAAUACAGUGCGCUGGAGAUGCUGCCCAUGUGCACGUGGAAUUGCUGCGUGCCUCGAUCGGACCUCAGUGGUCUCGAGAAGUUCGAGGGCCUUGAUCCCCAGACCUGGUGUCCGCGCGGCUAUGCCAUUGUCAGCGUCGACACGCGGGGAGCGGGCAACAGCGACGGCAUGAUCUGUGUGAUGGGUUCCCAGGAUGCGGAAGAUGGGUACGAUGUGGUCGAGGCCUUAGCCAAGAUGGACUGGUGCAACGGUUCCAUUGGCAUGGCGGGCAAUUCGGCUUUGGCUAUCUCGCAGUGGUUUAUCGCGGCGCAGCAGCCCCCCUCUCUCAAAGCAAUCGCCCCUUGGGAAGGGUCCGGCGAUAUCUACCGGGAACAGUUCUGUCGGGGCGGCUGGUUCUCCAUGAGCAACUUCGACCUCAUCACCGGUGCGAUCGUGCGUGGGCACGAGAAUUCCGGAAUCGAGGAUUUCGAGGAGAUGUACCGGCGCUCCUCUACAUCGAGUCCGUUUUGGGAGGACAAGCGGGCGGACAUGACUCGCGUUCAGUGUCCGGUCUACAUCCGAGGCUCGGACGUGAGUUCCAUCCACACAAUGGGCUCCGUGCGCGCAUGGCUCGAGCUGCCGCACGACCAGAAAUGGAUCCGAUGGGGCAGCAAGCAAGAGUGGUACGAGCUGUACAGUUGCCCUGAGUCCCUGGACGAGCUCUUCCAGUAUUUUGAUCGCUACCUCAAAGGCAUCUCCAAUGAUUGGGAGAAAACGCCCAAAGUGCGAUGGUCUGCCCUGCAGUUCGGUGACCGCGAGGCCAUCGACGAUAUCGAGCUUCCGGAUUUUCCGGUACCAUUCACCGAGUAUCGCGAGUUCUUCCUGUCCGAGAACCGAUUGAGCGCCGCACCAGUAGCGCAGUACGAGAAGCUCUCGUAUGAGUCCGAUCAAGUGAACAGCCUCCUCGCCUUCACUCAUACCUUCGACCGGCCCGCUCGGUUGAUCGGCCUUCCCAAAGCCAUCUUGUAUAUGUCCUGCGAGGACCGCGACGAUUUCACCGUGUUCGUCAUCCUCCGCAAGCUCGAUCGCAAUGGCAAACCACUGAUGCACCUCAACUUCCCCAUCCACGCGACCCCGGUGCAGUCGAUCGCGGAGAUCCCGACCAAGGAUCAGGCAAGCCUGAAUCUGCACCUUGGAUCGGUCGGCAUUCUUCGAGCUUCACAUCGCGCGUUUGAUCCAGCCAAGAGCAUCCAUUCCCAAUUUCCGUUCCACCCCCAUAACAAGCAAGACAAGGUUCCGCCGGGUGAGGUUGUCAGGUUGGAAAUCGGGAUCUGGGCCAUGGGGGUUGAUUUCGAUGAGGGAGAGUCGAUCAGCAUUCAGGUGUCGGGGCAGUAUCCCAGCAUUGCCGAGUACAAGACGUGGUCGAAGCCGCGGCCGGAGGAGGAAUUGAAUCGCGGCAGGCAUUAUGUGCACUGCGGGGGCGACUAUCCCAGCUCGGUGAUUCUUCCCUUCAUAUGA